GCGGGCGCGAAUAAGCCCUAUUAAAAUCAGCGGGCGGGGGUGGGGUGGAAGUGGCGCGCAGAUUCAAGAGGCCGGGCGCGCGCUGGAGCUUGACGCGGCAGAAGGAGAUGAAGGCGCUCGGCACCGGGCAGCUAGACCGCAAGCGGCUGCGGACGGACAGCGCUCCCGAGGCCCCGGGCGACGAGCCGCUGGCGAAGAGGCCGCGAUCUCCGGUGAGCAGCAGCGCGAGUGCGCACCCUGUGGCCGGAUCCGAGAGCUCGCCGGCCGCGGACACCGACUACAGCAGCGGGGAUGACUUUCCAGCAGCGCAACCUGAGGAGUUGUCCGUUUACGAAAGGAAGCGACUGAAAAACAUUCAGGAAAAUGCCAAGUUCUUUGCAUCAUUGAAUAUGCUGGAGACUGCCAAAAAACUUUGGGGAGAUGUUAAAAAAAGACAGCAGAGGAAACUGAACCCACUCAAGAAAAGGAAGCCUCGAAGUUCUGGAGGGCAACCUGUGGUUCGGCGUUCUAUGCGGCUGCAAAUUUUGAAAUCUACAGAUGCCCAAGUCCCAGAAUUACCAAUAGAAACAUCUGUGACGUCAGAAGAGAUAGAAGAGCGGAUCUCUGGACCUAUUAAAAUGGUUGCAUAUGAUGAAGAGGACAACAAAGUAACCGAGGAUCUAAUAAACACGUGGCUGAAGAUUAGUCAGGGAGAAUCGCAGGUUAAAGUAAAGCAACCAGAAGAAUUAAAAAUCUACAAGUCCAGUUUGAAACAGAUGACAAUCCAAGAACAUCUUGUUGCUAAAGUAACACCAAAGCGGGUGUCCGCACUGGCCAUUCAUCCAUCUGAGCAGAGGUUUCUGGUGGCUGCGGGAAGCACUUACGGAUAUGUUGGAAUUUGGGAUCUGAGUUCUCGGGCUGAGGAUGCUGUUGUUGCUCAGUUCAAACCUCACUGCGGUACAGUUAACUGCCUGUGCUUUUCCCCUUCCAACUCUGCUGAGAUCCUGUCAGUGAGCAAUGAUGGGAGCAUUCGCUGCGGAAACAUUGCUGCUGCGGUCUUUGAUGAGGUAUACGUAUCCAAUGAGUGGAAUACCUCUUCUUUUGACUUCUUGGCUGAGGAUGGGUCCACUUUGAUUGUCAGUCACUGGGAUGGUGAAAUGGCUAUAGUGGACAGGCGAACUCCAAGCAUUUCUGGAGAGCAGAGCGUGAACAUGGGCCUGAAACAUUUACGGACAGUCAGUGUUCACCCAGUGGAUCGGCAUUAUUUUGUAACUGCAGCAUCACAGUGUGCAAGUAUUUACGAUAUCAGAAAUCUAAAAGCAUCAUCUAAAAAGCCCGUGGCGCACGUGGGUACCCAAGCAAAGAGUAUAAGCUCUGCCUACUUUUCACCAGUUACUGGUAAGAGAGUGGUGACCACCAGCAUGGACGAUAGGAUCAGAGUAUUUGAUACAAGUGCCAUAAUUCCUCAGAUUCCCUGUGUUGCAUCAAUAACCCAUAACAAUAACACUGGACGUUGGCUGACCAAAUUCCGAGCUGUCUGGGAUCCUAAAAUGGAAGAUUGCUUCGUUGUGGGUAGCAUGGUGAGGCCCAGGCAGAUCGAGGUGUUCCACAGUACAGGGAUCAGGGUGCAUGAAUUCAAGGAUCCUGAAUGGCUGGCGUCUGUGUGCUCCAUCAAUGUGAUGCACCCGACCAAAAACAUCUUGGUUGGUGGAAACUCGAGUGGCCGACUUCACGUGUUCAUGGACAAGACCUUAAGUGCAUAGUUCGAGUUCAACUCAGAUUGGAGGCCACAACUAUCAUUGUAAAGGGAGAGUAGUAACCUUGCCACAUCACAGAAACCAUUCUUUGUGAGUUUGAUAUUCAGUCUAAAAAUAAUGUCAGUAUGCCUUGCUGCUGAUUAUGAAUCAUUUUUCCAGAGUGUGCUUUCUGGAAGAAUGAGGACUGAAAGUUCCAACAAAUGUUGCUGCACAUUUGAAAAGGCAGCUAUACCUGAAAAGGACUGUAAGAGAGUGUCACUCCUUAGUUUUUCAGAAUUUUGCAUUGGGAUUAAGAAUCAGACAGGCAGAUAGUCCAGCAUGCAGUUCCCAGUGCAGCUUGGAAUGAUACAGUUUGUUGGAGAUGGAUCCCGUGAACAUCCUAGGCCUGGACUGAUUUUUAUGGCUACUUUACUAACUGGUUUGGAGUGUACAGUCCAGUCUGUCGACUGCCCUUCAGUAGAACGUGACUCCUAUGGAAGGUUCAAUGGGACAGAAGUGCAUAUUGCUCACUGCACUGCAUGCUGUUAGAUCUGGGCACUUCCAUUACUCCACUCACAAAUGUACAGGAUGCUGCAAACACUCACCAGACCAGGCAACAUCUGUGGAGCAGUUCUGUUGGAAGCUCUGUGAUUGGAACAUUAUAACUCUCUCUGCAGAUACUACCUGACCUGCUGAGUAUACUGUACCUGCAGUAGUUCAUUGUUUUUUUUAAUUCAGAUUACAGAAUUA